AUGAACACUAAUCUCCACAACUCUAAUAUUACUCACACAAAUUGCAAUACCCCAUUUCAGACAAAUUUAACAAUAUAUGAUUUGAUUAAUACUAUGUGGUUAUCCAACUUCAAAGCAAACUCCCCCAAAUAAAAGAACCAACAUUUCACCACCUUUUUUCUUCACCAUUUCAACCCAAAAAAACCCACAAGGAAAAAAUGGUUUCAAGACAGCCAUUCCCACCAAAUCCAAGGCCUAAAACGAGCAUAGUGUUUCUUGCAAUCACAAUCUCCGCUUCACUCAUUAUUCUCUCUGCCAUUCUGUAUUUUAUUUACUAUCUCUGGUACUCUUUGGUUCACAGGUCAAGAACCAGCCCAUUUGAUGCUACGUCACCUUUGAACAAGCUCCAGAAGUUUAGCUACAGGGAACUCAAGAAUGCCACCCACAAUUUCAGCCCCUCCAAUUCCAUAGGAAAAGGGGGUUCUGGCACUGUUUUCAGAGGUAUUUUGAAGGAUGGGAAGUUGGUAGCUGUGAAGCUUCUUGACUCAAAUUCGUUUCAGUGUGAACAGGAGUUUCAGAAUGAGUUGAAGAUUCUUGGUGGGCUAAAAUCUUGCCCUCUUGUUGUUUCUUUGUUGGGUUUUUGUGUGGAGAGAGGGAGAAGAAUUGUGGUGUAUGAGUAUAUGCCUAACAGAAGCUUGCAGGAGUCUUUGCUUUUUGAAUCAAACAAUGGGUGUUGUAGUAGUUUGAGCUUGAGUUGGAAUAGGAGGUUCAGUGUGAUUCUUGAUGUUGCAAGGGCAUUGGCUUUCUUGCACCUUGAAUGUGAUCCACCUGUGAUUCAUGGUGAUGUGAAGCCAAGCAACGUGUUGCUUGAUUCUGAGUUCAGGGCCAAGCUUUCGGAUUUCGGGUUGUCUAGAUUGAAGCUUGAGGGUGAAUAUGGGGUUGAUUUGUUUAGCCAGGAGUUGGGGAAGAGCCAGGAGCUGUGGAAGAGUCAGGAGAUUGGAGGGAAUUCAAAUGCCGGUGGAGGAGGAGGUGGAGAGAAUGAGACUCCCGCAAUAGGGACUCCUGUGGAGAGUCAUGAGAAUGAUGAGGUAGAUUUUGCUUUGGCUUUGCAGGCCUCUUCUUCUUCCAAGAACAGUUGUAGAGUUUACCAUAAUGUGAUGGGAUUAUCUAUCAGCUCUUUGAACUUUAACUCUGAGAAUCCGGGUAGCACUUUGAAGGGGAAGGAGUUGUUAGCCAAUGAAAAUAGUGGGGUGGAUUGGAACAAGUUUGUGCCUUAUGAUGAUGAGUUGAGUAGCAUUGAUCAUAGCAAGGAGUUGAAUUUGAAUAAUGCACCUGUUGUUGGUGAUGAUAGUAAUAGCAACAAUUCAGGUGCCAAACAAUGGGGAAAAGACUGGUGGUGGAGACAAGAUGGGAGUGGUGAACUGUGUAGUAAAGAUUAUGUGAUGGAGUGGAUUGGGAGUCAAAUUUGCCCGUCGGCUGAUCCCGAUUGGGACGAAGAGAAGGGGGCAGCCCCUGGGAAAACGGGCUUGGAUAGCUCUGUACAGUUGGACAAAUGUGAGGAAGUGAAUGAGAAUCCAGUGCAAGAUCCUGGUUUUGAGUGUCUUAAUGGUGGUACUGAAAAGGAGCAUUCAAAAAGGUGGAAAGUUUGUGCUAAGAAGCAUCGGAAGAUGCAAGAGUGGUGGAAAGAGGAGCACUUGGAUGAACUUAGCAAGAAGAGAAAUAAUAAGGGAUAUAGGCUCAAAGUGUGGAACAAAGAACGGUUCAAAGUACCGCAUUUUGGUUUGGGGAAAUGCUUUGAGUUCAGGAAAAGGAGAAAGUUCAGCCAUGAGAACCAUGACACCGAGGAUCAGAACAUGGAGUUUAGUUUUAGAAAAGGUUGGAGGAAGAAGAAUCAUUCAAUGGGGAGCGAUAUGUGGAGCGGGGAUCUUUUUAGUCGGGAGUUGAGCAGCACAACUAGCAUGAGGGGAACGCUUUGCUACAUUGCACCAGAGUACGGUGGGUACGGUUACUUAAUGGAGAAAGCUGAUAUUUACAGCUUCGGUGUUCUGGUUCUCGUUAUUGUCUCCGGGAGACGACCACUUCACGUUCUUUCCUCGCCAAUGAAGCUCGAGAAAGCAAACUUAAUAAGCUGGUCUCGGAGCUUAGCUCACACAGGAAACAUACUAGAACUCGUCGAUGAACGUCUUAAAGACGAGUACAAUAAAGAACAGGCGAGCCUGUGCAUUAAUUUGGCACUUGCUUGCCUGCAGAAAAUGCCCGAGCUGAGACCGGAUAUUGGGGACAUCGUCAAGAUAUUGAAAGGCGAAAUGGAGCUCCCACAGCUCCCGUUUGAGUUCUCGCCUUCUCCUCCGUCAAAGCUUUUCAGCCGAUCAAGGAGAAAACAAAAGAGCAGCGGAGAUUAACAUCUUCAUUCUGUAGCAAUCCGAUCAAGAAGAGAAUAUGGAUUUGAUCCAACGAAUCGCUUCCUAACUGUUGUGUAUAACUUUUAUGUGGCUUGAUGUAUUUACACUGAUUCUUACUGCUUUUUGUUGUUUUCUAAUUGGGGUAAAUACAUUGGAAUCAAAAUCAUUUCCAGAUCAUGUUCAGUCAAUAUCUACCCAGAUUACUACUCAUGUUUCUAUUA